GAUGAAAACCCAAUUAACGUCUAGUGUUCGAUUCCGGAAACAACGUCAGCCUUCUGUUUACAUCGUAGCACGUAUUCAGAUAAAUGUCGAUGUAUUGAUUCUUAUUUUUAGACACGUUUAUACAAAUAGAAACAUACCUCACAAUUUGUUUGAUCGCAAUGGGCGGUCAUGGUGUGAUGGCGAACGAGGAAUCGUUGGAUUACUCGGUGCACGAGGCGUGGAAUGAGGCCACCAAUGUCUAUUUGCUCGUCAUUCUGGUUAGCUUCGGACUGCUAAUGUAUGCUAGAAAAAAUAAGAGGAAGAUCAUGAGGAUAUUCGCUCUGCCCCCCACAGCUGGAGCCACGACCGAACCGAACUUCUAUGACAGUCUGCAGAAAGUGAGACUCCGCCAGCAGCUGGAGAUGUACUCUCUUGCGAGGAAGUUUGACCAGCAUCAACACCAAGGCCAGAGUGAAAGUGUUCAGCUCUCUAUGGAAUGAGACUACAACAACAAGGUAGCAUGGCCCAUCAUCGUGCCUGUCUCUCCAUCCCUCAGCCUCUUUGUCUUUGCUAAGUCUCAUCAUUACUACACUCCUGAAGAGGGCAUGGGUACCAAGGAGGAAGAAGUCGAGGGUCAAGGAAGGUUUCUGUGAUUAAGACGUGUCAAGUCAAAUCGUUUGUGUUUGCACAAUUGUUGCUGUACGAUUUGAAACGAGGACUAUAAUGGAUUUGGAUAUGAAGAAUUACUGGAUGUUCCCCCUGCAACAUCUGUUUUUUGUUGUUUUUUCAUUUCUUUUGCCUUUUUUAUUAUGUAUUUUAUUAGUCAUUUUUGUAUUUUAUUCAAUGCCUUAUUGGAUUAUGUGUGGAUUUGUCGCCCCAUAGUGGUUUUAGGAGAACUUUCAUCCAGUGUUCAAUAUACAUCCUGUACAGUGACAAUUCAAAUAAGUCUUAAACUUGUAAAAAAAAAUAUAUAUAUAUAUAUAUAUAUAUAUUACAACAAUAACAAUUUAAUUUAGCAUAUCUAUUUAAAUGUUUGGUUGUCAAGAACUGUUUCAUUUCCCAGUUUCUGAUCCUCCUAUAGAUUCCUUAUUAUGGCAUUACUGCUGGGAAAGCUUAAACGUGUUGAGAGUUGACUUUUACCCAAUCCACUUGCUUUUUCUAAAAAGGAAAUGAAUUGCUAUUAUUACUCUGGUUCAAAAGAAAUUUAAAAAACAAGGGACCAAUGAAGGACCAAGGAAUUGUAUUACUUUUUGCUUGAUUUCACCCUCUCCCUCCCUCCACUUCUUUUGUAAUAAUUCAUUUAAUAGGACAAUUCUCAGAGCAGAAAGUUAGGUCUGGUGCGUGUGUUUUUUGUAGAGCAAGAUGGGGUAGGUGUUUGGGAGGCAGUGAUUGAGGAAGGUGACAUUUUGCAUCAGGGGCCUAGCAGAAAAGUUGGGCCUCUAAUCCAUCAAAUAAAUAAAUAAAACAUGAGUCAGAGGAAAGCCGUGGCCCAGAAACACAACACAAAAGAGGCCAAACAAAUGUGUGUGGACGUCCUUCGGAGGUAGUGUAAUGGAAAAAUGAUUACUCCUCGCGGCGGCGAAAUGGCACACUGAUUAAACGCAUCAAUACAUCAACGACCGGAGCGCAGGGCCAGAUCCUUACCUAUUCUAAAUAGGGCUGUGUGUGUGUGUGUGUGUGUGCAUUGAAUCUUUGCUUAUUCAGUUUUGUCGUGUGCAUACCCCUUUUGUUGUUGCUGUAACUCUGAGCAGAGACUACUUCAAGGAUACUCUACUAUUGUCCCAUUGUAAUUAAAAACCUGUAGACUUAUUAGUGAAAUACAAGCAGCACAGAUAAAGUAAAUGGUUAGAAAUUGGUAAUAUCCCCAACUUCAUUUAAAUUCAGAUGUAAUCUAUAUUUACAUAAGAAUGUGGACACCUGCUCAUUCCAAAAUCAUCGCCAUGGUGAAGCGUAAUUCAUCAUUCUAGAGAAGGUGUUCCCACUGCUCCAAAGUCCAAUGGCGGCGAGCUUUACACCACUCCAGCAGGUGCUUGGCAUUGCGUAUGGUGAUCUUGGGCUUGUGUGCGGCUGCUCAGCCAUGGAAACCCAUUUCAUGAAUCCCGACGAAUAGUUAUUCUGCUGAUGUUGCUUCCAGAGGCAGUUUGGAACUUGGUAGUGAGUGUUGCAACCGAGGACAGGCAAUUUUUAUGCGCUACCUGCUUCAGCACUCAGCUGUCCCGUUCUGUCAGCUUGUGUGGCCUACCACUUCAUGGCUAAGCCGUUCUUGCUCCUAGAUGUUUCCACUUCACAAUAACAGCACUUACAGUUGACCGGGGCAGCUCUAGCAGGCCAUGAAUGUACUUGUUGGUGCCACGUUGAAAGUCACUGAGCCAGUAAGGCCAUUCUACUGCCAAUAUUUGUCUAUGGAGAUUGAAUAGCUGUGCAUAUUUUAUACACCGGUCGGCAGCAGGUGUGGCUGAAAUAUCCGAAUCCACUCAUUUGAAGGGGUGUCCACAUACUUUUGUAUAUAUAGUGUAUUUAUAUCAACAUCGGUGUCCAUUUUAAAUGAGAAUAAGUGAGUUGACAGUCAUUGGGCAAAUAUGGGAGUAUGGUCUUGCAGUUAUUAAAUCCAUGUCCCCGCCUCACCGUUAUCAACAGAGAGAUAAUCCAUGCCCAUGAGUCAUCUGCUGUAUUAUCAUGAGCCGUAAGGUACAAACCCCAAAUGCCACCUAGCCUAUAGUAUUAGGCUAGUACCAAAAAAAGAUUAUAUCAUGUGAACAAGUGUGUUAACGAGAUAAUGAGCCAUUGUACAUGUGCUUUUCUAAUUAAUCUGCUGAUGUAAUCAAUCAGUUUCUCAUUACCAGAGGUUUAAUAUUUAACCAGUUCUAUCCCAUUGAGAAACAUUAUUCACGGCAAACAUUAAUCAAUAGCUAAUCUGGAGUUAAUUGCUUAAUUACCAAAUGGACUAAUGAGGUCGUUAGUGGGAGAGGUCUAAAUGAACCGCUCAGAAUCUUCACUUCAGUCUGAGAAUGAAAGGGUUCAAGAGGAGGAGAGUAGAGGAGUGGACUAACGAUAUCAGGACCAAGGUGUUCCGUCCACACCGCUCUUUAAAACGUCACUUUAUUAAAUUCACCUCUUGCUUUUCCUCUGUGAAGGAAAGUGGGUAGGCUUUUAUCCUUGACAUUCAGCAAAGUAUGAUAGAGUGAUAGAAAAGAGAGUGGUUUACCUGCAUGUCAGUACACUUGGAGGGUAGCAUGUCACCGAGAAUGACGGUGUGUGUGCAUGCAUGUCAACGUAUGCAUACGUGUGUGUGUGUGUGUGUGUGCGCACAUACUGGGCGUUUGUGGCUAGCUAGGUGGUGGAAAAAUUAGGCACAGCUCGGUAGUUCUCAAUGUUGUUUCAUAAGGUUUAAUUAAAAAUAGUUUAUCACUGGGUUUGGGAUAACACAGCGACUCAAUCUCCCAGCAAUGAACUGUCUCCAACCAUGCAGAAAGCUAUUAAUAAACACCAGUCUGAAACAGAGCGAGAGAGAGGAGAGGGUUGAGAGAGGAGGGGGAGGGGAAAAGGAGAAGAAUUAAGGGAUAGAGAGGGUUGGGGAUGAGAAGAAGGGACCGAGAGGGAGAUGAAACCCAGCUGAUAAAUGAAUGUAAUCUCACAGUGAAAAAGUGAAGAGCCACCGUGGUUAUACAUCACCUGGAGAGGCUAAUGAAAUAUGCUAUCUGUUUCUGUUAGCCAAAGAGCCCUUCGAGGGAUUCUAGUUCAUCUCAAUGAAUUCCCUGUUUCUCCCCCUCUCUCUGCAUCAUACAGCAAGUGGGAGAAUAGUUAGACUUCAAUAUUUUGCUCUCUCUCUUUCUCUCUCACCUUGCUCCUGCUUCAUCCUCCCCUCUCAUCCACUUCCUUUUAUUAACAUUUCAUAUAUGUGGAGUUGUUAUGAUUAAAGAGAAAUAGACAGCACGGUUUGGCCUAUUUUAAUCUCCUAUUUUAAUCUCACCUGACGCAGUCUUUAUGGUGAUGGUUAUCAUGGUAUUGCAGGACAUCAGCAUAUUAUACACGAGCUCACAUUCUUAUUCCACCUCCACAGCAGCCGCCUUGAAAAAUACGAGAAAAGCAAACAGCUUCAUAAUUGAGUUUUUAUAUAAGAAAAAGUCAGGAACAAAUGCAGCUGACCAAAAACUCUGGGUGUUUUGGCUGUAUUAGUUUGAAACAUUCUCUCUCACAAUACAAUAAAGAUUGGUGGUUCUGGUUUGUUUUGAAAGCAGGAAGUGGGCCAGAGCCUAGGGCGAUCACUCUCUCGACCAUCUACAUCCGAGAGCCAGUUCAGAGAAAAUGACUUUCUUUAUUUUCCCUCUUCAAACUGAAAGGGACCUUCAAGACAAUCUCUCUCCCAGGGACAUGCAUUAAAUACACGAUGUUCCUAGUUUCCAAGGACUUUUGCAAUGUACUAGUUCUGAGAAAUGUCAUGAAUUGAGAUGAUCAACUUCUAGCCUUUUCUAUGCAACACUAGGAGUAAUAUGCAAACACGUAUGCCUCGUGCAUGCAUACACACAAGCCUACAUGCACACGCCCAUUUACACACCACAGGCACCCACACGUGUGACCUGGAGUGGACAUAGACAAGAGGAUAUCUCUUAGAACAGGGGCCGCACUCUUCAACACAGCGGGGACAAUCUCUCCGUUCUCGUCUUUAUUACUGUAAGGUGAUUUAUCGUGUAAUAUAACAAGCCUUAACUUGAGCCCCUUAAAAUGUCUCCCAUAUUAACUGGACAUGAACCGUUCGGUCUUCUCCGCUCCUCUCUUCAUUAGCCGGAGAAAGCAGACAAGCCAAUCACGCAGCCUUGUCAGCCGCGGGCUGCGACAGGAAGGAGCUUUGUGUUUUAUGGGUGGUGUGCAUCAUAUGAUGGGUGGUACAUGUUAUGGUUAUUAUGCUCUAUGGAUGGUCUAUCAAUUAGCUUUAUGGAAUAAAGGUGAUUUUAUACUGA